AUGAGGCUUUAUAUGGAUCAAAUAUGGGCUGAUCCUCGUGGCAGUUUAUCUGAUCUACAUGAUGAUCUAAGAAUCUCUCUUUAUGAUGAGGUGGUGGAAAAUCAAAUGAACGAUGAUCCAGCCUUAAAAAACAUGGAUAUAUAUCAGAGAAUACAAAACAAUUGGUUGGGAGAAUAUCGUAUACCCAUCAAUGCCAUACUAACGCAACAAAAGAUCGACGGUGUUUUCGAAUUGAACACACCGAAAAUUCUAAUCGGUUAUAAAAGGCCAUCACUCGAAAAUAUUACCACAAAUGCUGAAACUAAUAUAAUGAUAGAACAAUUUCCAGAAAUUAAAGAAUCUGUUAGAUUAUGGUGUUUCAUAAGUCUGGAACCGAUAUUUGAUUUGCCCACGAUAAACACUAAAUGUUUGGAAUGUUCAGAGUUAAUUGAGGUGAAGCAACAUCUUGGUACUUGGAGUUUGCAGGCCUUAGAAAUGCAGCCACAAAAAUUUAUGGAACCUCUAGUAUGCAGUGCUGAGGGUAAACGUUUCUGUGUAACAAGAGUUUUGCAAGCUGUAGCUCCACCUAUAGAAGCUAGUGAAAAUUUGUUGGAUAGUGCCUGUAGAUUUGUUUCACUAUUGGUGACACCCAAAUUUUAUGAUCCUUGUAUGAGAUUUUCGGGUGUGUGGUUAAAUAAUCAGUUACUUCUAGAUACCACUUGGGGUUCCCCCAAGGAUUUGGGCGUUUUACUUUGUAACUAUUUAUUGUAUUUGGGUCUACAAAGCUCCUUAGUGUUGGGCAUAGCUUAUCCUUAUGGUGAAUGUGCAUUUGUUUGCUACACUAGCGAUGAGGGUGAAAUUUUUUUUAUAGAUCCUUGCACGGGUAAACGUUAUGCUUUAAAAGAUGUCUUUUGUCCAUUGCAUACCCUCAAAAUGGUGGUAACGCCAAAUAAUUUUUUCCUUAAUAUUCAAACUGAAUCACGUGUCUCUAUGAUGAAUUUCAAUUUAAAUGAUAGCUCUUGCUGGCUGCCCGGUUUUACUAAGAAAAACCCUGCACCUCUGGGAGGGUUUCACUCUUUGGAGUAUAAAUAUCGUUUGUCUAAUAAUGUCUCUGAGCUGAAAUAUAAUAUUGAGAGAAAAAUUAUGAAAAAGAUCAGCGCCUGGCGUACUAUGCGUAAGACUAUAUGG